AUGACUCACUUGUGGCAUGAUUGGUGGCACCCAGUUGGACCUCUGAUUCAAGUGUUUUUUGCUUGCAUAAUUCACUUGUUCAGAAGCUCUGAAAAUGCCAAAGCAUCCUCUGUUAUUCACAAUGGUGCAUGGGCUUGGCCCACAGGUAGAAGGUACACAGGGGAAGUAGUGCAGUUGGUAACUGCUACCCCGCCUUCACUGGUUCCUGUGCCAGGCCAACUUGAUGCUGCUACUUGGAUUGUUGAUUCUAAAGGAUGUUAUACCGCUAGAUCUGCGCACAAGCAGUUUACUACUCCUGGCUCUUCUGUUUUUCGGAGCAAAAUGGAACGGGGACAAAAGCAUGUUCUGAGACAUACUUUCAUAUUGUGGCUGGCUUGUAAGAACAGAUUAGCCACUAAGGACUGUUGA